AUGACGGUGUCUUACUCGUUGGAAAAUCUCAGAAAGAUCAGUAAUGCCCUGGUGGGCGACCAGCUGGCUAAAGUAGACUACUAUAUCGCUCCGAAAUGCCAUAUUUUUCAAUUUUUGUUGUCUAUUGAGGCAGAUAACAGUGUUGCGUUAAAGAAUGCGAAAUUAGAUCUGCUAUACACCCUUUUACGCCUAGAACCGCAACAAAGAGAUAUAGUAGGCACGUACUACCUUGAUAUUGUGUCCACAAUCUAUAAGUCCAUGGGUCUGGCAAGAAGCUUUACCGAGAAUAAUUCUUCAACGAACUAUAAGUACAUAAAACUUCUGAACCUGUGUGCUAAAGUCUAUCCUAAUUGCGGAUUCGCAGACCUACAAUUUCUUCAGGACGGGUUUAUUCACUUAGUUAACCAUAAAUUUUUGAGCAGCAAAUGUAACAUUGAUGAAGUUAUCACGAUAAUUGAAUUAUUGAAGUUGUUCUCACUCGUGGAUGAGCGAAACUGCGGCGAUUUUAACCGAAACAAGUUUAUGGAUCAAGAAAGAGAAGUAUCAGAAAUUUCACACUAUCAAGAUUUUAAAAUGGCUGACUCCCUUGAACAGGUAAUAGUUAAGAUAUCCAAGAAGUACAUGAACCAGAUAAGUCUCAAGUAUAUAGUCAGGCUGAAAGUAUCCAGGCCAGCGUCACCAUCCAGCAUCAAGAACGAUCCUUUUGAUAAUAAGGGCGUUGACUGCACCCGUGCAAUUCCUAAAAAAAUCAAUAUAUCUAACAUGUAUGAUUCUAGUUUACUGUCCUUGGCACUCCUUCUUUAUUUAAGAUAUCACUAUGCGAUACCAGGCGAUAGAAAAUUACGGAACGACUCGACGUUCAAGAUGUUCGUUUUGGGCCUCUUGAAAAGCAAUGACGUUAAUAUUAGAUGCGUUUCCUUGAAAUUUUUACUACAACCGUACUUCACAGAGGAUAAGAAAUGGGAGGAUUCGCGUACUCUGGAGAAAGUACUGCCAUAUCUGGUUGAGUCAUUCAACUAUGAUCCAUUGCCUUGGUGGUUCGAUCCAUUUGACAUGCUGGAUUCAUUGGUUGUGUUGUAUAACGAGAUUACUCCAAUGAAUAAUCCUGUGCUCACCACAUUAGCUCACACAAACGUCAUUUUUUGUAUUCUGUCCCGUUUUGCACAAUGCCUUUCUUUACCACAACAUAACGAAUCUACCCUGAGGACAACUACAAAAUUCAUCAAAAUCUGUGCCUCAUUUGCUGCAUCAGACGAAAAAUACCGUCUGUUAUUACUGAAUGAUACGUUGUUGUUGAAUCAUUUGGAGUACGGGUUAGAAGCGCACAUCACUUUGAUACAGGAUUUUAUAUCUUUGAAAGAUGAGAUAAAGGAAACCGUUACUGAUACGCAUUCCAUGUGUUUGCCCCCUAUAUAUAAUCAUGAAUUUGUCGCAGCCUGGUUGCUGUUGUUGAAAUCAUUUUCCAGAAGUGUUUCAGCACUUAGGACAACUUUGAAGAGGAAUAAAAUAGCACAGCUACUUCUACAGAUAUUGAGUAAGACGUAUACGUUAACUAAGGAAUGCUAUUUUGCUGGACAAGAUUUUAUGAAACCGGAAAUUGUGAUAAUGGGUAUUACUCUGGGCAGUAUUUGUAAUUUUGUGGUUGAAUUCUCUAAUUUGCAAUCAUUUAUGCUCAGGAACGGCAUAAUCGAUAUUAUUGAGAAGGUGUUGACCGAUCCGUUGUUCAAUUCUAAAAAAGUUUGGGAUUCUAAUGAAGAUGAAAGAAGGACCGCUUUGCAGGAUAUAGCGGUGCAUGAAGUAAAGGCAAACUCUUUGUGGGUAUUGAGACAUUUAAUGUACAACUGCCAAAACGAAGAGAAAUUUCAACUUUUGGCCAAAAUCCCUAUGUCCUUAAUAUUGGAUUUUAUCAACGAUCCAUGUUGGGCAGUACAGGCCCAAUGUUUUCAGUUGCUCCGAAACUUGACUUGUAAUUCAAGGAAAAUCGUUAAUAUUCUUUUAGAAAAGUUCAAAGAUGUGAAUUAUAAAAUUGAUCCUCAAACAGGCAAUAAAAUUGCCAUUGGUUCGACAUAUCUUUUCGAGUUUUUAGCGAAGAAAAUGAGGCUUUUAAAUCCAUUAGAUUCUCAACAAAAGAAGACAAUGGAAGGCAUUUUAUAUAUAAUUGUCAAUUUGGCAGCAGUAAAUGAGAAUAAGAAGCAACUAGUUAUUGAACAGGAUGAGAUAUUACACAUUAUGAGUGAAAUAUUGGUAGAAACAACAAACAACAGUUCACAUUACGGUAACGACGGAAAUUUGAAAUUAGCAUGCUUAUGGGUGCUCAAUAACUUACUAUGGAAUUCAUCCGUUUCACAUUAUACCCAGUACGCAAUUGAAAACGGACUUGAACCAGGGCAUUCACCAAGUGAUUCAGAAAAUCCACAAUCGACGAUGAUAAUAGGGUAUAACGAACCUGUUGUUGGUGGAUCUUCUAGGGGGAAGUAUUUCGAUGAACCAGACGGCGACGAUAGCAGCAGUAAUGCCAAUGAUGAUGAAGACGAAGAUAAUGAAGACGAUGAAGGUGAUGAGUUCGUUCGUACUCCUGCUGCAAAAGGCAGCACUUCGAAUGUACAGGUCACACGUGCUACAGUGGAAAGAUGUAGGAAACUCGUGGAAGUAGGAUUAUACAACCUAGUUAAAAAGAACAUCACUGACGAGUCUUUAUCCGUGCGAGAAAAGGCAAGAACAUUGCUAUAUCAUAUGGACUUGCUUUUGAAAGUCAAAUAA